AUUUUCGACGGAAGGAGGAUCAAGGGGCAGAGGUGACUCUGUGGACAGGUGGUGGAGGUUGGAUUAUACGAUUAAUUUAGCACAACAUGUCAACCAUGCACUUGUCGGUAAUAUUGUGAUGGCAACAAAUGGGCUCCACUUCCUGGUUGAUCCUGUAGCUGAAGAUGUCAAGGUUGUUUGUCAUCUCCUUAACUACCUGCAGAAUGUCAAGGACAGUCACCAUAACAAUGACGAGUUCUUGGUUGCCACAUACAACUUCCUGCAAUGUAUGGAGCAGUAUUAUGGUGAAACAAGAGCACAUACAGUGUCCAACUGGAUGUUGUUUCUCCGUCAACUCCUGACAAUAAUAUCAGAAACACUCUACAUCAAGCUGUCGUGCAGAGUCUGUGAGGUUGCCGUGGAAACCUCUGUGACUGUGCCAUGCAGAAUUAGAACAAAUCUGAACAAUGCAGUGUUACGUUUGAAUAAUAUUUGUGGGAUUGUUGGACUUUUACAACGGGAGGCUUCAGAAAUCUGUGAUAACCAAAGGAGAGGGUCAGAAAAUGGACAGCAACAUGUGGCAUUAUGGGAUGAGGAUAUGGUGGCCUUGAUAAUGCAGUCAAGACAAGUGCAGGACUUGUUGCAAGGUUGUGAGGUUCUGAUGUCACCAGUGGUGGAGACUAUUGAAGGAAAAAUUCAAAAAGACCAGAGGUUCUUCAACACCAUGUCUUUAUCCAUCGGGGCUGUAUGCUUAGGUAACUUUGCCUGGAAUGUGUGGCAAGGAAGACCAACAGAACAGUUGAUAUCAACGGGUAUGUGGUCGCUGUGUACAGGUUUCUCUGCCGCUGUUCUUCAGAUACCUCGAGUACGUCUUACUGACAUCUCAUCACAACUGCAACAACAUCGCAAGGCUCGUGAAAAAGUGAAAGAAGUCACUCAUUGCUGGAUGGACAGUGAUAAGCUUUCAUAUGCCAAACUUGUCCGCCCUCCUUCAAAACGAGAGAACAGCGAUGCUGCUGGGUUUUUGAUUGGAAAGGCUGCGAGUGUAGAAACAAAUUGUAGAUAACAUCACUAUUGAUGGGAGGAAAUGUUGAGUUAGUGAGAGAGUGAGUGAGAGAGAGAGAGAGAGUGAGUGAGAGAGAGAGGGAGUGAGGGAAGGAGAGAGCACUAAAAAUCUGAAUAUAAAUAGAUCAAAUUAAUAAGGAUAUACAAAGCACUAAAACUGACCAGUGACAUGAACUUGUCAAAUUCUCAGGACGACCUUUCCUUAUUUCAGGACGACCUUUCCCUAUUUCAGGAUGAUAACUAGCACUAAAACUAAAGACAUUCUGUUUUUUCACAGCCUUUUUAGUUUAGUUUUCAUUUGUUUUUAUUUUGUUUAGUUCCUAUUCGUCUCAUCCAAUGAAAAUGCUUGAUUUUGAAUGCAGGCUGGAUGAUUUCAUGUAUAUACUAAUUGGCUCACUAAGAACAUCUGGGUAUACCCUUGAUAUUUGCAAUGCAAUAACAUGCAUUCUAUCAUCUUCAACAGUGAACUAAGUUUUUGAAAUUGAAAAACUUGCAUCAAUUCAAAAGUAAAUAGUUCCAAUGGAGAAAAUUAUCCCUUUCCUCAACUGUAUUUCAUAACCGACAGUCAUUUUUAAUCUUUAGGACAGAAUCGUACUGCUAGCUCCUUUUCUGAUGUUUUAAAAUGGACCCUUGUUGCAAACGUUAAUUUUGCUAUAUAGAGAAAAUACAGAGAAUGGAGUUGGGGCUUUGAGGGGGUGUUGCGCAAUGGUCCAGUGGCCGGAUUCCUGUAUAUAGGAAAUGGAUUCAUAUUGUCAGUGUUCACAAACACCUAAGCACUACAUCAAGAAACGAUGAGGUCAAGGUCAUUCAGUAGGUAAAAAAUAGUAAAGGACAUAGUUGUCAUGCUCCCAUCAAGAAGUAUCUGUAUAUGAAAGAUGAAGGCACCCUCAAUAGGUUAGUCAGAAAUUAGCUAAAUUCAAUCCAGAAAUUAAGGUCAUAUGGAAGGUCAUGGUAAAAAAAAAUGGCAUCGUUGUCAUGCUUUUACCAAGAUGUAUCUCUGUGUGUAAUUUGCUGAAAGCAUUUUCUACAGGCAAGUCAAACAUAAUGGAUAGCAAGGUUAAUGGACUCUAACGGGCAUUUAAACAGUCAUGCAACUAUCACAAAGCUAAAAAGCAAUUAGAAGUUUUGCAUGUUGAUGAUGCAAGAGCAAUUAUCUUUACCUCUACAUAUGUUUUUGCGUUUAAACACUGAUCUUCAUCUUGGUUAAAUGACCUUGGUUCAUGGUCACUACUUAACAUCUCCAAAUUGCAGUCAAAUUAUCAAUCUGGGACAAACAUUUCCAAAAAUAAAUUUACCAGUAAGGUUGACCUCAACAGAUGACCUUUAUUCUUGUCUGGUCUUGGAAAUCUCUUUUCAAAUUAGUAUGAGGUUCUACUUAUGCAUAUACAUCUGUAAAUCAAAAACUAGGCUAUACUUAGUAAACAUGUGUGUACAUGUGUAUUCUAGACUUCAUUAAAUUAAUUAGUUCAGGAAAACUAGUUCGCUAGUCUACAAAUAUGGGAAUCUAUGUAAUUGUGAUAAUUCUCAUUAUUUAAUGUGAUAAUUUUCAUGAUCUCAUAUCUCAUUUUGCCAUAUGGAAGUUAACUACAUGUAUAAUAGUAGUGCGGCAGAAAUACACUCCAUACGAUGGUCAUGAUUUGUUUUGAUUUUUUAAACAUUUAGUCAUUCCAAUGUACAUUAUACUCAUUGUAACUGCUGUAAUACAUUGUACACUGUAAAUGAGUGCAGCUGCAGUUGAUCUCUUUAGUUUGAGUGCAUCACUAUGCAGCAACUCAUUUUCAGAUUUUUUGUUUCUAUAUUUUAUCUCGUGAAAUGCAAGAGAUACCUAUAUAAUGGUGUUGUGAUUUGUGUGUAAUGUGCUUAAAAAUAGUAGUCAGGGUUUGACCCAUGGUACACGAUUCUGAGUGCACUUUGGCCGGGGUCAAACCCCGACUACUAUUUUGGCAUGGUACAUGCACAUCAUAACACUAUUCUUAUCAUUAUGCUGACUCCAUAUUUUUCAAAAUGUAGAUCAAUGGAGCAAAGGGGGAUCACUCCGAAUGCACUUCCAAUGUUGAGUGAUGGCGAUUUUCAAAUGUGGUAUUGAUUACUUUGUUAUUCUAUUGGAGUAUAACCAUAAAAAAUGGAUGAUAACUCGAUCAUUUUUGUGUUAAUGAAAUAUCUGGACAUAUGUUUUCUCUAUAUCAGUUAUAUUUGUUUGUGGUAAACUUUAGUUUAUAUAUAAUUAAUGGAUAGCGUGUUCGCCAAGCAAGCAUACUGCCCCGGGUUCGAAUCUGCAAAUGAGCUCAUUAUUUUUCUAAAUAAAUGGAUUUCUGUUAUAUGUAUGUGAAAAGUUAGAAGAAAACAAAAAAGUAAAGUUACACAAAUGGUACUUUCACCAAGCAGAAAAGGUUUUUUUCAGUACAGUUUCAGUAAAUAAUAUAAAUCUCAGGGUAUUUCGUAAGUGAAGCAGAGAGAGAGCAUUACUAUGGGAUGACCAGACAUGCGAUAGAUCUAUAAUGUAUAUACAUGUCUAUUUUGUACAUAAUUCAUACGUAGCUUGUUUUACCUUGUAUUAUAGCAGAAUAAUGAUAAAUAUAUAUAUGGUAUUUAUAGUUUAAGUUAUACAUCUAUGCAUUUAUUAUAAUUCAUUAUUCUGCACAUUUUAAGUUUUUAAUUAUUUUUAUAAUAUACUUUAUAAGUAGAGCAUGGGGCUUGUUACUUGAGUUUUUAUGUUUUGAGUGGAAUUGAUGAAAUAUUGAUUUUGAGCCAGCAUUGUCAUUGCCUUUGGUGACAUAUGGCACAAUAGAGAGAUUAUGGAUUUACAUUGCAGUGAAUUUAAUGCAUUGUCACAGGACUGCAUGGUUUGGCCAUUGAAAACUUGUAAAUAAAAUUUAUAUUAGUGUGUUGUCAAGCAGUGUUCUACAGAAUACUUGAAAGCUAGAGAAAGGAAAAUGUUUUUUAAUUAUGUUGAACAGUUUUAUUUUACUUUGCCAUUUGAAAAUGUCUGUGUGGUGGUUUUAUAUAUCCAGAAUUCUAUCAAUCAUGAAGUACAGUUAGAAACAGUAUAUACUCAAUCUAUAUGUAAGAAACUCAAUCUACACGUAAUAAACAAUCUAUACGUAAUAGACACAAUCUAUACCUAAGAGACUCAAUCUAUACGUAAUAAACAAUCUAUACGUAUUAAACAAUCUAUAUGUAAGAGACUCAGUCUAUACGUAUUAAACAAUCUAUACGUUAUAAACAAUCUAUACGUAAUAAACAAUCUAUACGUAUUAAACAAUCUCUACGUAUUAAACAAUCUAUACGCAAGAGACUCAAUCUAUACAUAAGAGACUCAAUCUAUGCGUAAUAAACAAUCUAUACGUAUUAAACAAUCUAUACGUAUUAAACAAUCUAUACGUAAGAGACUUGAUCUAUACGUAAUAAACAAUCUUUACGUAAGAGACUUAAUCUAUACGUAAUAAACAAUCUAUAGAUAGUGGACACAACUGAUGUGUGCUUUAUUAUCAUGCAUUUUUGUUGGUUGUCGAAAAUUUGCAACAUUAUCAUUAUAUAAAAUAUUCCCUGACAUAUACAAUCAUAUCAUUUAUUACAAAAUGUGUGCCUUAAGUGCAGUGUUAAUAAGCAUAGCAUACAAUUAGCUUUAUGCUGCUAGGUGCAUGCAACACUAACAGAAUGAAAUGCAAUCUCCUCAUUUUUACUCCUAUCUACCUCUACUUUAAUAUUGUCCGUGGUCAUUUGGAUCACCAAUUGUAUAUUGGAUAUAGUUCUGUGUAGAAGAGAAUAUAUAAACUCUUUGUAAGGCUUCAAAUUCAUUUACAGUGAAUACAUGCAAGUUAUUGUACUAUAGAAAAUGCAUUAUCUAUUACAUAUAUUAUGUAUACAUGUACUACUGUUAUUCAAGAUUGUCUUCGUAUCUUGUAUUUUUGAGAUGAAAAUUUGUUUUUUUGUUGAGAUUUUUAAAAAAAAAAUAAAUAUUGUUGGAUUUACUGCUGUA